AUGAAAUUUUCAGCCACCAUUCUUUUGAUUGUUGCCCUUUUGGCUUCAAUUGGUUUCUCCACUCCAUCUGAAUACAAAAAUGAUGAAUUUUACAAGUAUUGUCAAAACAUUGAAUUUAAGAAACCUGUUGAUGGUAUCAUUUAUAUGAUUAAUAGCACACAAGUUGCGGAUUUUGUCGUCCCCAAGGAUUGUAUGAAAAAAUAUGGUUAUUAUUUGAUGACCACCGUCGAAAUUUUCAGUAUCGGCGCCAACAAAAUCAUUGAUACCAUCGUUGAACAGGAAUAUAUAUACAAUCAUCCGACUGUCUUUCUUUACUUGAUUGAUAAAGUGUGGGCCAAUAAUGACGCCAAAUAUUAUCUUAUCGCCUCUCUUCAUUAUAAGUAUCAUCAUGUCCAAAGUGAAUCUGGAAUGUUCAUCGCCAAGGAUAAAAAGUAA